UUUUUUUACAAAAAACGACAUCCAAAACAAAAAAAUACUGAAUAGUUUCAAGUUUGACGCCGUCAGGAACAAUAACGUGUGGAGAUCCGUGCGUCAUCGGGACUCCGGCAGCGUCGUAGGAGAGCUCUGCGCCUCCGUCGUGCGUCAGGCAAGGUUGGAGUAAGCACGUAAAUAAGUGCACCCAUCAGAUCCUUUUUGUUUGUUUCUUAAUUGAUCCCAACAGUUAAUCGAUCUGUGACCAGAGCGCCUAAGCCCGCGUGACCUUUGGAGUGACGCGUCUGGCAGAUGACAGGCAAAGAGGCGCGGAAGGAGCCAGAGGAGGAGGAGGAGGAGGAAGAGGUGGAGGAAGAAGAGGAGGAGAUGCGCAAAUCUGCAGGUCUCUAGCGCGGUCGUAAAACAAGUGUCUGCAGAAGCCAUGCCGGGAGUAACCAAGUACAAUUUAGUGGACGAUGCUCAAGAUCUGAGGCUCCCCAUGCACAGCGAGGACGUGUUCCAGCAUGGAGUCUGCUUCGAGGCGAAGUACAUUGGCAGCUUGGAGGUGGGUCGCCCUGGCAGUCGAAUGGAGAUUGUCGCUGCGAUGAGGAGAAUCAGAUAUGAAUUCAAAUUGAAGAACAUCAAGAAAAAGAAGGUAAACAUCAUCGUCUCCACUGAUUUUGUCAAAGUAAUCCUGCGCAAAAAGAAGAGAAAAGGGUGGUCCUGGGAUGACAACACCAUCUUGGUGGCACAAGAUCCCAUCUACAGGAUAUUUUACGUUUCACACGACGCUCACGAUCUGAAGAUUUUCAGUUACAUCGCGAGAGAUGGACAGAGCAACGUGUUUCGCUGCAAUGUGUUCAAGUCCAAAAGGAAGUCUCAGGCCAUGAGGAUUGUGCGCACGGUGGGUCAGGCGUUUGAUGUGUGUCACCAGAUGACCUUGCAGCAGAAAAACGAUGAGCAGGAGGAUGAGGAGGGGAAGGAGCCAGAGGCAUCGCCAGCAAAGAAGAGGCUUGCACUGUCAGACGAGACAGACCUUGAAGGCACCACAGAGGAGAGUAUCGAGUAUGUCUCUUCAUCGGACCUGGAGAAGAACAGAAAGGAUGAGACCCUUGGUUCUGAUGGAAAGGUGUGCAAUGACCCCCCUCUCCUGCUGAGCUCCCCUACCCUUGGAGCCUCUGCUCCUGGUGCAGAGGCUUCCUGCUCAGCAGAGCACCAGGUCCAGCUUCUUCAGAAACAACUGCAGCAGCAGGAACAGCAAGCGCUGGCAGCUUCAGCACAGGUGCAUGUGCUGCAGGAGCAGCUGUCGGUGGAGAUGUGUGCACGGACUGAAGCCCAGGUCAGAGUACAGCGGCUCCUGCAGCAGAACACGGAUCUGCUGCAGCACAUUUCCCUCUUAGUCAAACAGAUUCAGGAGCUUGAGCUCAAAUCUUCAGGCCAGUUGACAUCUAUGGGAUCCCAGGACAGUCUUCUGGAGAUAACGUUUCGUGCCAAACCCCCCGGCAUGCCGUGCACACCCCUAGCCCCUUCUUCAUCUUUAGCUCCAUUAGGAAGUCAAUUCCAGACCGGAGAUCUUGCUUGGCUCUCUGCUCCGCCGGGGCCCUGCUCUCCAGGCACUGCGAGCACAGACGCCAUUGCUUUGGGGCUGAGCGGCAGCGGAGUUCGACUGGAGUGUUUUCGCUUCUCCACACCCGGGCAGGAAAUCCAGGAGACUCCCAGCAAUGAGAGCUCCCCAUUGGGGGAGCAGAUUCUGGGGGCACUGGAGCUUCUUCGAUUCAGGGAAUCAGGGAUUGGAUCCGAGUAUGAAUCCAACACGGAUGAGAGCGAUGACCGGGACAGCUGGGGGCAGGGGGAAGGAUCUGUGGCCGAAGGGUCUGGGCGCCUCUUCAACGUGCUGCAUGCAGAGAACCUGCCGGACUGUUUAGGGGAUGAAAUGGCUGUUUAGUGUAGCGCCUAAAGCUGGAGCAUCACUGGAGAAACGGCUGAGAUUUUGACUCAGAUAGGACUCCCAUCAUACAAAGCUUAAAUGGACUAAAAAACAAUCAUCUGCAGAUGUUAGUGAGACACUAAUUCACAGCUGUUGUGUUUUUAAAGAGGCAGCUUUAAGGGUUCCUCUUUCAUACGUGUGUUAUUUAGCGUCUUGUGCAUGUAGAAGUUGUUAGAUUAAUUGUCUACCACACAAAACUGUUAUUGUUAGCAUUAAGUCUGAUGCAGACAUUUGCAAAGACUAACAUUUUCCAGUGGCAGUUGGGCUACAAUGCUAAAAACAGUUUUCCUUUACUGUGAAAUGAUGCAAAGGAUCACCUUUUGUUUUGAGGGAAACCGAUGCUGAAAUGUUAAAAAGAACAUGCCUUUUUUUAUUGCAGCUAAAAGUGUCAAAAUCAUCUACAAAUUGUUGGUACCCCUCAGUUAAAGAAAGAAAGUCCACAAU